AUGCUGUCCUGUUUCUGGUUCUUGUCCAGGCACUUGGGCCCUGCACUGCUGUCCCUGCCCCGAACACUACACAGAAUCACUGUCCCACAGUACUUGACCUCCAGGUAUCUUUUAGUUCCCUUCCCUACCUCCCCUCGACGCCUGCUGGCCUCGGUGGACUCCUCACAGGACAGCAAUGGGCCUGCCAGGGUGCGCCAGAACUUUCACCCGGAUGCUGAGGCCGCCAUCAACCGCCAAAUCAACAUGGAGCUUUACGCAUCCUAUGUGUACCUGUCCAUGGCCUAUUACUUCUCCAGGGAUGAUGUGGCUUUAUACAACUUCUCCAAGUAUUUCCUUCACCAGUCCCUGGAGGAGCGGGAACAUGCGGAGAAGCUGAUGAGGCUGCAGAACCAGCGUGGAGGCCAAAUCUGCCUCCAGGAUAUCAAGAAGCCGGACAAAGACGAUUGGGAGAGCGGACUGCGGGCCAUGGAAUGUGCUCUUCUUCUGGAAAAGAAUGUAAACCAGUCGCUGCUCGACUUGCAUACUCUGGCCUCAGAAAAAGGAGAUCCUCAUUUGUGCGACUUUCUGGAAACUCACUACCUGAAUGAGCAGGUGAAGUCUAUCAAAGAAUUGGGUGACCACGUGCACAACCUGGUCACCAUGGGGGCUCCAGCUGCUGGUCUAGCGGAGUACCUUUUCGACAAGCACACCCUCGGAGGUGAGAGCAAGAACUAA